AUCCGCUUUUUUAGCGCGGGGAUUUAUCACUAUUGAUUAGAAUGCAGAAGAAAUAUUUUAUGUUCAAAUAUUGAUAAAAAUAUACCAAAGAGAUACAUUUUUCUCGAGGUUCUAAGGGAUACGGAAGGUGUCGCUGAACCGAAACUGUAAACAAACAGACGAAAUGUUCCGUCGAUGUUUCCUAUCCAUUUUUACAAAUGCCAGGCCAUGCAAACCAACAUCUAAAUGUGUUCACAAAAGAGCUUUAAUGACGAUAACGAAAGGUCAGAUGAAAAUAAUGAAUGGAGGAGACACUCAUAUGAAAAAGAGAACACUGUUCACUGAGAGAGCAUCUGAUUUUCUUGAAUCUGUAUUUUCAUCAAGUGAUGUUAGCAUAUUAUCAUCAGAGGUUAAAAGUAGAGAUUUUUGCCAGUUUUACAAUAACUUAGAAACAAAAGAUAGAAUGGUGUUCUUGUCAAUGUUAGCCAGACAGUAUGGUUUACAUCAAGAUAUUGUAUUAGAAACAGCUAAAAAUGUCAUAGCUUCUGAGGAAAGAGGUGAUGCUGUAAUUUUACGAGUAGAAGAAAGAUUGAGACAAUCCUUAGUGCCACAGUAUCAACAGUUAUUUAGAAAUGUCAGCAGACACGAGGGAGGGGUCAAAUUCUUGGUUGACAUGAGGGCUGAUAUAUUAACAAAUAUUACAUCUAUUUCAAAUGAGACAGACUCAGCCUAUCUAAGAUCAACAUCUAAUUCAGUCAGAGAUUUGUUAACAUUGUGGUUUACUGUAGGAUUCCUUAACCUGCAGAGAGUUACCUGGGAAUCACCAUGUGAUAUGGUUCAAAAGGUAUCAGAUUAUGAAGCAGUUCACCCAAUUAGAAAUUGGACAGAUUUAAAAAGAAGAGUUGGUCCAUACCGACGUUGUUUUGUAUUUACACACAGUAGUAUGCCAAGGGAACCAGUUGUAGUUUUACACACAGCUUUAACCAAUGAAAUUACCAAAAGCAUUCAUUCAAUAUUACAGACAGGACAAUUUAAGCCAAUCAGAGACGGAGAUGUACCAGAAGAAGAUUUGUCAGUUAAUUCUGAAACUGAAGAUUCUUCAAAAAUUACUACAGCUAUAUUUUAUUCAAUAACAUCAACACAAAAAGGUUUACAGGGGAUAGAUUUAGGAAACUAUUUAAUAAAACAGGUUGUGAGAGAAUUACAGUCAGAAUUUCCAAGGAUAUACCAGUUUUCUAGUCUGUCACCAAUACCAGGGUUUAAAGAAUGGUUAAUAAUGGAAAUAAAUAGAAAUCUUCAUGCAGAUGACAUUGGAGAGACGGUGGAAACCCCUUUAUUAUUAGACAGUGAAAUAGAAAAAUUAAAACCAGUUUCCUCAUCAGACUGUACAAAUAUGUACGAAGCUUUAAAAAGACUAUUAACUACACAUGAAUGGGUGUCUAAGGAACUGACAUGUAAAAUUCUACAGAGUAUAUUAUUAAGACUAUGUGCUAGAUAUUUGUAUGUUGAAAAAAGAAGAGGAUAUGCAUUGAAUCCUGUCGCCAAUUUUCACCUGAGUAAUGGAGCAGUGCUAUGGAGGAUUAACUGGUUAAGUGACAUGUCCAUGAGAGGGAUCAAUCAGUCAUGUGGAAUGAUGGUUAAUUAUCGUUAUUUCCUGGACAAUACCACAGAAAACAGCAAACGAUACCUGGAGAAUCAUCACAUAGAGGCUUCACCAGAAAUCGUAGAAUUAGGCAGUUUAAAAAAUGUGAAGAAAGAUACAGAUGUAUAGACACAUGUUUUUUUUUCUCAUCGUAUAUCAAAGCCUUUUUCUAAAGAAAAUUGAGGAUUGGAGGGAAAAGAUAUGUUUUGAUUUUUUUAACCUAAUGUUUCUUUUCAUUUUACCUUGUCACAAAAUUCAUGAAAUUAGGUAGUACUAAAUUUUUUUUUUUAUAUUUGUAGCUUUCUACCUGAUAAGUUCUUAUUGGGGACAAAUCCAUCUAAAGCAUAUUUUAUUUCAGCCUGUUUUUUAACCAAAACUCAAAUUACAGGAAAAUAGUAGUUAAAAAAAAACUAU